AGGAGGGGCAGCAGAGGACGUGCAGGAGGAGACCGCUGGAGAGAGAAGAGGAGAGGGGAGGAUAGAGUCCCCGAACCGGCAGAGUUUCAAACACUAUUUAAUUUAUUCAUCACUGUAUUUUAACCUGUAAGUAUUCAAAGGGAAAAUGUCUCAGACAGACAACAAGAAGUUCUUUGAGAACCUAACGGGCGCUGGCAAAGCCAUAGCGGUGCUCACGAGCGGAGGAGAUGCGCAAGGAAUGAAUGCUGCUGUUCGGGCUGUGGUCCGAAUGGGAAUAUACGUCGGUGCCAAAGUGUACUUCGUUCAUGAGGGAUAUCAGGGUAUGGUGGAUGGAGGCGACAACAUCAAGGAGGCGACAUGGGAGAGUGUUUCCAGCAUGCUGCAAAUGGGAGGAACUGUUAUCGGCAGCGCACGAUGCAAAGAUUUCCGCACGCACGAAGGUCGUCUGAAGGCGGCUCAUAACCUGGUGCAGAGGGGCAUCACUAACCUGUGUGUGAUUGGUGGAGACGGCAGCUUGACCGGGGCCAAUCUCUUCAGAGAGGAGUGGAGCGGCUUGCUCGCAGAGUUGGUCCAGCAAGGGCUGAUUGAUGAGGAGGCGGCUCAGAAAUACUCUGCUCUUCACAUUGUGGGCAUGGUAGGCUCUAUUGACAAUGACUUCUGUGGCACCGACAUGACAAUAGGAACAGACUCAGCCCUCCACAGAAUCAUUGAGGUGGUGGAUGCAAUUAUGACUACGGCUCAGAGUCACCAGAGAACAUUUGUGCUGGAGGUGAUGGGAAGGCAUUGUGGCUAUCUGGCACUGGUGAGUGCCCUGGCAUGUGGAGCCGACUGGGUGUUGAUUCCUGAAAUGCCCCCUGAGGAUGGCUGGGAAGAGAAAAUGUGUCAAAAACUCUCUGCGACGCGAUCCAGAGGUUCAAGGUUGAACAUAAUCAUAGUCGCUGAAGGAGCCAUUGACAGACAUGGAAAAGCUAUUACUUCUAGUAUAGUCAAGGAUCUGGUGGUCCAGCGCCUGGGCUUCGACACGCGCGUGACCAUCCUGGGCCACGUCCAGAGAGGAGGGACCCCCUCAGCAUUUGACAGGAUUUUGGCCAGUCGUAUGGGUGUGGAGGCGGUUCUGGCGCUGCUCGAGACCACUGCAAACACGGCAGCCUGCGUGGUGUCUCUGUGCGGGAACCAGUCUGUGAGGCUGCCCCUCAUGGAGUGUGUGCAGAUGACUCAGGAGGUGCAGAAGGCCAUGGACGAGAAAAGAUUCGAAGAGGCUGUGCAGCUACGUGGCAGGAGCUUUGAGAACAAUCUGAAGACUUACAAACUGCUGGCUCACCGCAAACCAGAGUCGGAGCUUCCACACAGCAAUUUUAACGUGGCUGUGUUGAACGUGGGCGCCCCUGCCGCCGGCAUGAACGCGGCCGUGCGCUCUGCUGUCAGAGUGGGCAUCUCAGAGGGACACAAAAUGUUCGCCGUCAGCGACGGAUUUGAAGGAUUCUAUAAGGGACAGAUAAAAGAGAUCAAAUGGGCAGAUGUAGGUGGAUGGACGGGUCAGGGUGGAUCCCUGCUGGGAACUAAACGAACGCUUCCUGCAAAGCACAUUGACAAAAUUGCAGAACAGAUCCGAAAGUAUAACAUAAAUGCGCUGUUAGUGAUCGGAGGAUUUGAGGCCUACCUGGGGAUCAUGGAGUUGUUAACAGCCCGCGGGACUUAUGAGGAGUUGUGUGUGCCAAUGGUCAUGGUGCCGGCCACAGUCUCCAACAAUGUGCCCGGCUCAGAUCUCAGCAUUGGUGCAGACACGGCUCUGAACGCUAUCACUGAUACGUGUGACCGUAUCAAGCAGUCUGCUAGCGGAACCAAGCGGCGCGUGUUCAUCAUCGAGACCAUGGGAGGUUACUGUGGUUAUCUGGCCAGUGUUGGUGGACUGGCAGCAGGAGCAGAUGCUGCUUAUAUCUUUGAGGAGCCGUUUGACAUCAGAGACCUACAGUCUAAUGUAGAACACUUGACAGAGAAGAUGAAGACCAGCAUUCAGAGAGGACUAGUCCUGAGGAAUGAGAACAGUAAUGAAAACUACACCACAGACUUCAUCUAUCAGCUCUACUCAGAGGAAGGAAAGGGAGUGUUUGACUGCAGGAAGAAUGUUCUGGGUCACAUGCAGCAGGGUGGUGCUCCGUCUCCAUUUGACCGUAACUUUGGGACCAAAAUCGCUGCCAAAGCCAUGCAGUGGAUCACCAAGAAACUGACUGAAAGCUACAGAAAAGAUGAAGGGAGAGUGUUUGCUAACACAGAAGACUCGGCCUGUUUGCUGGGCAUGCGGCGGCGCGCGAUGGUCUUCCAGCCCGUGGUUCAGCUCAAAGACGAGACCGACUUUGUUCACAGAAUCCCUAAGGAGCAGUGGUGGCUGAAGUUACGUCCUCUCAUGAAGAUCCUGGCCAAGUACAAGACCAGCUACGACGUGUCAGACUCCGGACAGCUGGAGCACGUGGUCCUCAACCGACCCAAAGAGUCUGAGGCCAUUUAAGCGCAGUUCAGAGGUCACGCUUCGGACGGGCCGUCUGUCCUCCACACUGUCGUUCUCUGGGCCGCAGCGCACUGCUCCGUCAGCUCUUUGUUUGAAAAACGUCACCCUUUGUUAUUUUACAGAAAUCUAUGUUAAUCGUAGGAGAGAGUGAGACGUUUGGUUUUGCUGUUUUUUGUCCUUCGCUCCUGUCGCCCCGUCGCUGUGCUAGUGUUCCGCUUCAAAGCACAUCUUUCUCUCUCUUUCUGAAGUUCUCAGACAGGAGCCAGAACUCCACUUUCCCAUGUGAAGCGCCGUGUGCGGUGAGGUCCGCAUCUCUAGAGCACCGUUUGAUGUUUGAAUGUAUUGCAUCACCAAGUGUUAACAUUUGCCUGACCAAUAAACCAAUCACACGUGUGAA